AUGACCAAGAUCCGCAUUGCAUGUACUUUCUGUCAUGGAACCAGAGAGUAUAUUAUUGCAUGGAACCGCAUGGAACCAUGGACUGCGAUGCCGGUCGUGCUCGGCCAUUGGAUUGGCAUGGGAUUGACUGUAGGAUGCUGUGGGAAUAGGCAUGCAAUUCUACAUCUACAGAAUGCUAGAAUGCGAAAUAACCGUGAAAUACAGAAACCACUGACGAAAAUUCAUAAUAGUUUGUCACAAAUCAUAAUAAUUUGUAUUCAUAGAUUAUUUAUCCAUUUGACUGCUGAUAAUAAUUUGGAUUGUCCACCAGAGCAUUUCCAUCUUCCUGCAAUGAAGGAAUGUCAUCGCUGGUUAAACUGUGAUGACAUGGACGGUAUAAUUGUAAAAGAAUUAAUUGGUUUGGGAGCUGUUAAGGCUGUUUAUAGAGCAGUAUGGGCAGCAAUGAAUAUCACAUAUUCUAUUCUCAAUAAUCCAAAUUUUAUAGAUGAUUUUAAAAGUGGAUUGGAAAUGUUGAAAUUACUAAAUCCUAGUCCAUAUGUUACACAGUUAAUUGGAUUUUGUCCUAGUGAAAAUGUUAUUUGGACUGAAUAUCAUCCACUGGGAAAUGCAGUGAAUAUUGUUGAUAAAAUUCAUAAAACAGGCUUUCGUGAUAACGUUCAUGUGAGGUUGAAACUUUGUUUGAACUAUGCUCUGUUACUUGAGUAUUUGCAUAGUGGUCCUGCAGGUUGUCGUGUUAUGUGCGACUCAAAUACUUUAGAAAAAACACUUAGCCAGUUAUUGGUCACUAACGAAUUAUCAUUAUUGUUAAAUGAUGUGGAUGCUUUGCCUGAAAUUAAUAGUGAACAGAAAACAAUUAGAUGUGGUAAUAGAAAUUUGAGUGGGGAUUUCAUUGCUCCAGAACAACGUGCCUCUGAUCCACAUGUACUCGAAGGGUACAAUGAAAAAACUGAUAUAUGGAAGGCUGCGUCAGUGUGUGAUUACUUCAUUAGUGAUGUUUCUAAUAGUGAAAUUAUCCGAUACAAGCUAUUCUUUCUUCAUAAAAAAUGUAAAAGUGUGGAUGUUAAUGAGAGACCUAGUGCAACACAGCUGGCUGCUCAAUACAUUAAAAUAAUGCAUGAAUUGGAUGAUGAAUUAUGA